CAGAGAGGUGGCUUUUGUCGGCAGUGGCCACGCCAUGAGAGCCCCGGCCAAUGCGCGCUGACUUGACUGCUGGGCUGCUGCCGGAUAAAGAGUCCAAAGAGAGUUGCAGCCUGACCUGCUGUGGCCGCGCUUGCGCAGUGGUGCGGAGCUGGCAUCAGGCCUUCCUUGAGACCACUGAUGCUGCCUUCAUUCGCUCAGAGAUCAACGGUCGUCAGAGCCGCCGCAUUGUACUUUUCGCAUUUUUCUGCGCCGAUGCAGUAGGAGGCGGCCUCUGGGCGUUUUGGUGCGAAGACGGCGCCCACAGCGCGGUGGAUGAGGAGGCAACUGCCUGCCGCAGCUUUGGAUUGAACCACUAUCUUCUGUGGGGUGUAGGUGUCCCCUUGGAGGGCUUGGUGCUGUUCCUCGCAGGCCGGGACCCUUGGUCCUUCUGGUCAGAUGCCUGGCUGCUGCCAGUGUGGAUGGUCAGGCUGGGGGUUUUAGACGUGCUGCUCUGGAAUGUGCCGCCGCAGAUCUUGGUCGGUGACGCGCUGUGGUUUUCUGUCAUUGCUGUUAUGUGCCGAGUCCACUCGCUGGUGCUUUGGAUCCUCGUGGGCUUCGAGGUGUUUUCCUUGAUGCUGGUCCUCGGCCUUGGGCAAGGCGGCUUUGUGGACUUCUUCGCCUUCGAUCAUGU